CAAUUGCCAAGCAAACAGACCAAGCCUACAGCCCCAAGUGUCCACUGCCCAAUAUCCAGCAGCCUUGACUCUAUCUUCCAGAUUGGAAACGUCGUCACACCCUAUCCGGACCGCGAGCAGGGAAGCAGCAGAGGCACGUCGCCACGCCGGACUGCCAUCGGCCAGGGCUCCCGGAGAGAGCUCGUCCCGCCGUCCUCCGUCUGUCGUCCGCCUUUCCGAUUGGUGCUGUUUUUUUUAGGGAUUGGUGUGGUUUGCUAAGACAAUGUUAUUACAGAGUAUAAAUUUGUUUGUUUAGAUGGUCUAGUUCCCCCACUGCGGGGCCAUGACCUCCUCAAUGCUCUAAAGUCUAAACCGGGCUUUGUUUCUUGCGCUUAGACUCGUCAUUCUAAACCUAAUGGCGAGGAAGAAAAUCAAGACCCGCGGCAACGAUAAGAACGUAGCUGAAGCAUCUCAUCAGAUAUUGCAUGAUGAUAUCAUCUCUCACAUCCUGAAAAGGCUUCCCGCCAGAGUGCUAAUGCAAUUCAAAUGCGUCUGUAAAGAUUGGACGCGUUUAAUACGAGAUCCGGAUUUCGCAGAAUCACAUCUGUCGCAUUCCCGGGCUCAGCCUACAGCCUCUUAUGUUCUUUGUAUGACCAAUACUGGGGCGUUUGCAGCAGAUCAAAGUCUCGUUCUAAAAAAUUCCUGGGUUCCCGCAAAUCCAGACCUGUUUCGCACUCAUAUGCCUUGCUCCAACUCCGUCAAUGGACUCAUCUGUUUCGGCAGCAGAGGACGGCGUCCUGGAAGCCGCAACAGCCACAACAUAGUUUACAAUCUGUCCACAGGGGAGAAAAGAGAUCUGCCGCAGCCGCCGAUUCCUGGAAUUUUCAGUACAUAUGCACUUGGCUUCGAUCCUGCCAAAAAAAAGUACAAAGUGCUUCACUUCGGCCCAAUUGGCGGCGGCCGAAUUUACGGCCAAAUUCGAGGUUGCCAAAUUUUCACCUUAGAAAGAAACUCAUCGUGGAGAUCUCUGAGUCAUGUACCAAACUCACCAUAUCCGCUCAUUAGAUUGAAUUCGAUUUAUCUUGACGGAAAAAUAUACUACUAUGACCAAAUCCAUAUCCGUUUCUUCGAUUUGACAAGUGAGAAAUUUGGGACCAUUGAAACCCCCCCAUAUUUCUCUCCAUUUUACAAUACUCCCCCCCGAUUAAUAGAGGCCGGAUCAAAUUUGGCGGUUGUGUCUUGGCGCAAUGCAGUCCCGCAUCCGGAGUGCUCAUUUUGGGUCUUGGACCAAAAUUGGUCUUUGAGGUGCACAUUUUCGAUGAAGUUUGAGAAGAUUUGGGGAUCAGUUGGUAGAAGUGUGCUCCUACUAGGAAGAGAAGAUCUGUUUUUGUUCGAUGCCAAUGCUCGCACUCGUAAGAAGCUUAAGAAGGCGAGGGAUGAAUAUACACACGUCUUAUGCAAUCAUGUGGAAAAUAUUUAUCCUCUCUCAACUACCCAAUAGAGAUGUUUUCGAUGCACUCCAGAGGUAAAACCAACAUAGUACCUACUUGGGAAUGAUCUUUACCACAAAUCAUUAAAAGUUGCAGCUAAGGAUCCAGAUUCCAGAAUUGCACACCGAGAUCCACAGCAUGGUUCAAUGCAACACGCUAUGGGGGCAGGCCAGGGCCUUCUGCUUCUACAACUACGAAGAGUUCAAAGAACAAGAGCAGUGAUCUGAAGUAUGAUAUAUUUGGAUGGGUUAUACUUGCUGUUGGUAUUGUUACAUGGGUUGGAUUUGCAAAAUUACAGGUUCCUCCUCCUCCCAGAUAAGAUCUCCAUAUGCACCUCCUCCCAUGAUAUUUGCUGGAGAGUGAUAAAAGAAAGUACUCCUGUUUUGGUUGGUUAUGUAUUGACCUCGUCGAAGCUAGACUUUUAUGAGACUGCUCCCUUUGGAUUUUUAGCUUUGGAUGCGCUUUAUGGCUUUUUAUGACUUCAAAAAAUAUGUAUUCUGGAACUUCUAUAUUUCACCCGUUUGAUUAAUUUGAGUAAUUAAUGAUACUAUGCAUUAAACAUUUAGACCUUCAUUUCCCGGCAGCCUUAUUUAUGCGUGAUCUUUCAUUUCCAAGUGGUCUUCUUUUUCCCGUUCACUGAUUUGGGGCUUUGGGCAGACAACAUGGUUGAGGACUUGAGGAAUUGCCGUUGGGAAACUCUAGACUCCCUGAUGAUCCAUCUAUAAAUACUUUGAACUUGAUAUUGAGCACAUCUUGGAUUUAAUGGAAUCCGAACUCUGCUACUUAAUUAUAUGUUUGUUUUAUAUUUAACUUGAGUUGCUCCUAAACUAGCGCUGUUACUCUGCCUUGUUCAUG